CUUUGAAGCUCUCACAGAAGUUGCUUUUUCUUCCUGGGCCUGGGAAGUGGCCAGAGAUCGAAAACACAGGCACAGAGGAUUUUGUGCGCCUACCUGGCACGGAGCGCCAUGUGAUGAUUCUCUCGGAGGCCUUUGUCCGCCGAUAUCUCUACCAAGUAUGAUGCGCGACAUUCUGGUAUAAGAAGGUAAGGAUGGGAGUAUGAGAAUGGAUCUGUUGGUCGAGGUUUUCUGCGACCCGAGAGAACUGUACCCAGAACCAUGGAGCGCAAAAAGCUUCAGGGUGAACCUGACUCAUGUCCGCCCACAAAACCACAGAGAUAUUUCCUCUCUUUCUGCCUUCUUCGCAUUAUCAGCGUUUGGGUCAUUCUUACUGUGUGCGCUAUGGCUUUCCAGGACACCGGCGGUGUGCGUGAAGGACGCUCUGUCUCGGUCAGCUCAGACGAUGAGCGACCACGCCCACGCCCCUUUCGAAAACUCGGCCAGGGCAGCUUCGGCGCCGUCUUUGCACACCCGAUGGUUCCCGUGAUUUACAAGCGCGAGAUCAAGUCGGAUAGCAACUGGUGUUGGAGCAUAGAAGGCGAAUAUGCUAUGCACAAGCUCAUCUCGGCCGCCUUUGAUAAAUGGUCCCUGGGGGAACAGGGCAACGACACAAGUCUACGUGUCCAAAUCCCCUUUCCCCACGUCCUAAUCCUCACAGAUUCCACGAACUGGUGGGCGCAAUGCUCAUCACGAUUCCCCUCGGAUGAACCAGACUUCCGCGAUCCAUCCCCGACUUUACAAGCGGAACGGAUCCCCUCCUUGCCUCAAGCGGUGCGCCACGACCUGAUCAACAAGUUUUGUGCCGCCGGCUCCGUCAGGGUCUCGAUGAAAACAGACCCGGACAACGACGUUUGCUUGCUCAGACUCUAUCUCGGCCGCAGGGCCGCCCGAUCCUGGAAAUCCUGCGUGGAUUUCCAGAUCCACAACUUCCCGUGCCACGUUGAUCAGAUGAGGACUUUGGGCUUGGACACGCACUACAUCGCCGCUCAACUGGGCCGGGCGCUGGCGGUGUUGCACUUCGAGGCGGGUGUCGACGGGCGUGACGUGGAGUUUGUGCUGGGCGCUGCGAGGCAUGUGCCGGAGAAGCUAGCGGGAGAGCAGCAGAAGGGGACGUCGCUGACAGACGAUGCUGGACAAGCCCGCCAGAGAAGAGAAGAAGUCACGGGUCUCUACAGCGCGGCGACCAUCUGGUGUCUAGACUUCGAGCAGUGCCAACCCAUCUCCUUCUCUGUUGACCCUCUAGUCCCGACCUCGAUCACCCCGGAACAAACCUCCCUUAACACCCCCACCACCACCUCCGCCUCCGUCGACCCAGGAACCGUCAAAUGCAUCGCUGCAUACUUCGCCAACGAUCCCUAUUACCCCCGCCCCCCUCAGCCAGAGCUCUGGGCGACCUUUUCGAGAAACUACGAGGACAUGGCCGGACAAAUCGGCGCCGAGGCGGCCGCGACGGCAUCGCGACAACAGCAAUGUUCCGAAUGUUCCAAGUCGCAGAACCAGAGUGACCCUACCGCCGCGGCCCACGUCGAGGACGCACCGGGAGGGCCGGAUAGGACGAAGAGUCUUGCGCGGGCGUUCAUCCGGGGAAUCGAAGACACAUUCAAAAGGGCGCAGAUCAAGCGAUGCCUAGACGAUGAAGGAUGAGUUGGACGACCGUGUACGUAAUGCGCUUGAAAGGUGGCGGGGACUUUCGUGCUUCCAACGAUCAGCGAAGCAGAUAGGAAGCGAAGAUCGAAUGAUCAUAAACAAUGCAGACGAUAGGAGAAAGGACGCAGUCUGAUAAUCGUUUCACCCAUCGAUGAUAAUACAUACUGUCCCAGAAGCAUACACGCACGC